AUGAUGAACCGACUGCACGGCCUCAUACGACGGCCCCACCGACAACGUCAUGUCCUUGUUCGCCAACUUGGAAGCUUGUCGGCGGAGCGUGGGGAGUGCGAGGAUCUUGUGAUCGGCGCCGGCGUUGUCGGAAUCUGCACAGCCUACAGCCUGGCGAGACAGGGUCGCCGCGUGAAGGUCUUGGAUCAGAGCUCCGGACCUGCCCAAGGCUCCAGCUGGAUCAAUGGCACCCUCAUCUGCCCAUCCCUUAUGCUGCCCUGGACUGGGCCUCAACUGAUCCCGAAGGUCUUCAAGUCCUUUUAUCAGCAUGGGCAUCCGCUGAAAGUCCAUCCCAGAGCCCUUUUAUCUUCCGAUACGUAUUUCUUUGGGCUGCACUACCUGGCAUCCUGUCGGCCAGGUCAUGGCAAGAGGACCACGAGACGUCUGGCGAACAUGGCGCGCUACUCCCGGCACUGCUUGGAGGGUCUGCUGCGGAGCCAUCAGGAGCUGAACGGUUACAUGGAUCGGAAGGCAAAAGGGACCCUUCAGGUCUUUGAGGACAAGGCAGCCUUGCAGGCAUGUCUAGAUGCAUCUGAGCAGAUCCAGCACGCCGGGGUUCCGCUAAACGUGGUCCGGGACGAGAACAUGGAGGGCGCUGGCGACAACCUCGCCGAAAGGCUACGUCGGCAGGGCCUCGAGGCACUCUACCUCUACUCACCUCUUGAUACCAACGGGGAUUGCGCGAAAUUCACUCACUUCCUAGAGCGUCAAUGCCAAGAGCUCGGUGUUGGCUUCGAGUACGAUUCUGCCGUGCAAGGUUUUCAAAAGAAGAGUGGGCUUUGGGAGGUCGUGUUGCGAGAGCAGAAACCCAUUCGGGCAAGGAAUGUAAUUCUUUGUGCCGGUGUUGGCAGCCCUGGAUUGGCGGCCAUGCUUGGCCUGCGAUUGCCGAUGGCUCCUGUAAAGGGAUAUGCCAUCACGGUCCCACUGAAGCCUGGAGUCCAGCAGCUCUCUUCUAACGUUGUCCAGGAUUCAAGCAAGCUGUACCUUGCACCUUUGGGCCCUGAUUUGGUUCGAAUUACCGGAUUCGCCGAAUUUGCAGGGUUCGAUUCUUCCGUUGACCUUGAUCGGGCGACCAUCUUGGCAGCGCAAGCAGAGAAGCUUUUGCCAGACUGUUUGGAUUGGGACCGAGCGGAGUACCACACUGGCCUGCGUCCUCUCAGUGCCGAUGAUGUCCCCAUCAUCGGCGAAGCGAAGCCGAACUUCUUCUUGAACACAGGGCAUGGUUCUAAAGGAGAUGCAGACGGAGGUCCCGGGCUGCAGCGCUUCAGGGAGAAGAGGAGAUGCGGUGCUGCGCUGCAAGGACGGUCCGAGGUUCGAGUUCUUGCCAGCGUGACUGGGCCACAAAUCGACUUCGUGGAGCUGGAGAUACUGGGUCCCUGGACAGAGAUUCGGACGGCCUCGCCGCUGCCCGGAGAGGAUGUGAAGGACGGAAGGUUUGACCCUCGAUGCUCCCAUCCGCUCACCGACGUGAGGCUCUUGGAGAUCGUGACCUUCUUGGAGGCUACCGAGGUGGAUGCCUGCGAUCCUCGUGCAGCGGAGCCACCCUUAACAGGGGACGACAGCAUGACCUUCCCCCAGCGAGGAGCAGAUCUCUGCAGGCCUCUUUGGCUGUGGCCAGUUGUGAUACGGGAUCUUGCUUCGUUGUCGCGAGAAGUCUCGCCAGAUGCGGACGUGGAGCAAGCGAACAAGAACCAGCCCGAUGCCUCUGACCCUGACGGCUUCGUGCAGCAGGAGGAGGAGGAGCAGGACCAGGAGGUUGAAUCUGUCCAGUCGGCAGAUGCUGCGAACGCCAGCGAUAUGGAAGCGGAAGAGGAACAGGAUGAUGACAGGAUGGGGGAGGAGCUUGUGCCAGAGAAGGAUCCCACGGAAGCAGAGGCAAGCACAGAGGCAGAUGGACGUUGCCAGGAGGAUGUGGAUGACAAUGCCCGUUGGGAAGACUUCCUGGAAGCCGAAGAUGGCGAAGAUGAGCCUCAGGUGGAGGUCCAAGCCGACAUGGUCGAGGGCAUGGAGGACUUCACCGGUGCCCAGAUCAUAUCCUCGGUGGAGCAGGCAUCCGUGCAGUCAGACGUCCAGCCGGAGCACGAAAGUCUUGAGGAGAAGGUGUUCUUCUCGCCGACAGCAAUCAACAUACUGUCUGCACCAUCCCUAUCGGCUUCUUCAAGAGGACUACUGGACUCAGGCACCGUGGUAUCUGGCACUGUGAAGUCUGGGUGGUUGAAGCUGGACGAGGAGAGUAAGGAGCAGCUGCUCCUGGGCGGUGAAGCCGAAGCCUGGAUCUCCGCUGAGAGCUUGGUCGAGAAGGAAGCCAGGACCACAGAGGACGAGACGGGUGGCAUGGAGCACUCGUCCCGGCAAGCUGAGAAAUUGCUUGGGCAAGGCAUAGAGUAUCGUGCGAUGCGCGAGUGCCAGUGCUAUGCCAGUCCAGCAGAACUCGGGGAAAACAUGCAUGGAAUGGCAAUCAGCCAGGGAGAAGCUUUGGUUGGCUAUCCAAGUCAUCACCAUUGGAUUCGCCUGGUGGCCUCGGAGACCAAUACUGAGUUCAUCUCACACUGGGUGUUUCAAGAUCCUGGACGUCCGGUGCUUGAGGCGUCCUGGAGCCGACUGAAAGUCUCCCAGACGCCCUCUGGUGUCCUGCACCUCAGCUGGCCAGGUCUGGCAGUUUCUCCUUUGAGUACGGUCUACUAUGCUCUGGAGUGGACCAAGCGUGGCGCAGACAUAGCACUGGGCUGCGGUUUGACUCCUCGCCCUGAGUGCACACUCGUGACAUGUCCUGCGGACGUACAGUUUCGAAUAAGUGCCUUCGUGAAUGACCAAGAGAGGAGUUUGCACAUCACGAGCCCCUGGCAGUCUGACUUUGUGGUGGAGCAACCGCCAGAGCCGCCAGAACCGCCGGAGCCGCCAGAGGAGGUGCAGGUGUCUCAGACGGCCGAGGCCCAGGAGGCGCAGCUGCAAGCUGAAGCUGAAUUCCCUGUCGCUUCUCCGGAUGCGGCAGAAGCGGCAGAAGCGGUGGAUCACGAAGCCGCCUGCCCGAAGGAAUCUGAGAGCGUUGCUCCAGCUGAGAAGAUCAGUGCAAGCUCUGAUGCUGCGACGGAGCCUUCCAAAGGCAGUCGCGAGAGAUCAGACACAGGAGAUGAAGCAAAGACGAUGCAGCCUGGGCAUAGCUCCUGGUUUGAGGUAGUGCAUCGUGGCGGCGUUUUCCUUCGUGAAGGUCGGAGUAGUGAGUCUGCGUCGAAAGGUCGGCUGGCCUUGGGGGAACGCGUGUUCGGGGUUCUGAGUGGUGAGUGGCUCCAAGUUGAGAAAGACUCGCAAAAAGAAGCGGUGGAGGGCCCCAUGUACGUGCUGGUGGACGGCAAGGACUGGGGCCUGGGAGCUCUCCUGGAAGAGGUGCCUCUGGCAGCAGCAGCGGAAGGUCCCGCAGAAGCGGAAGCGGCAGAAGCGACGGAACCGUUGGUUUCGGAGCCUCAGCGACCCGAGCCUGAGCCCGUGGGCGAAGGGAGCCCGGGCAUGCCAAGCUCUGAGACCAAAAAAGCGGGGCCUGCUCAGAAGGCUCGUCAAGCUGCCAUACGCCGUGCAGCUAUGGUUGCGGAGGAGGUUCUGGCCAGACCUGUCGAAUAUACUGUGGUAGCUGAAACCCCAGCAUAUUGCGAGCCAGCACCACAGGCCCUGCCCGCACCAGGAGGAUCAUUUCGUGCGGGACAGACGGUCAUGGGGUUUCCUGGCAAUGCCAGCUGGAUUCGGGUAGCGUCCGCGGACGCUGGAGGCGAGUGUUGGGCUCCGAUCAAAAGUGCUGGUUCUGCAAAGGAGGUUUUCCUGAGUCCGGCCUGGGCACAGCUGCAAGCUGAGGAAGUCUUCAGUGAAGCCUUGGUGGUGAGCUGGCCAGGUCUUGCAGCCCCCAAGCCCCCAUAUGUUGCAGCUUACAGCAUCGAAUGGAGGCUCACUCCGGGCGAGGAGCUACCUAUCGGCGCAGGAGAUGGGCAAGACUUCAAGAAGAGUGGGUACGCCCUGAGUCUCCAGCCGCGUGCUACCCUGCAUGGGUUGCCUCCGGGCGCCGCAGUCCAGCUGCGAGCUGGAGUUCGCGUGGCUGCACAAAGCGCAGGGCAAGCGGAUUUUCGGCUGAUGGGUCCUUGGCAAGAUUUUACAACAGGCAGCCCUCUAACUGAAGAGGAGGAGGCAGAGCCAGCGAGAAGCAUCGAUCCCUUUGGUGCUGCUCGUGGAGGGUGCGAAAGUAGCCAAUGCCGUGGCUACGUAGCAGAUUUGGAUGCGAUGGCAUCGGUCGGUGCCAAUGCAAACUUCCUGGUACACAAAGCGAUUUGUGUGCGCUGCGGCAAGUCCUUCGAAGCGCACGAACGUAUCGAGGCGUCUGUCGCGGCAUCACGCCGAGGCAGAGCUGCAAAAGUGGUGCAGGUCGCGAAGCAGCCUGAGCCCAACUCUGGUGGGCCUCCCGAGGAUGAUGAGAACUUAAGAACGUUUCAGGUUGUGCAUGCAAUGGUCUUUGUCCGUGACCGUGCCAGCGUGAAGGGUAGGACGCUGGGUGUUCUCAAAUCAGGAGAACGUGUGCGAGGAUGGCGGCGUUCAGGCUGGCUGCAGUUGAGCCGGAGCAGCUCGCUAGAUGUCUCCAAAGAGAUUCGGGAUUCAUGGAUUCUGAUUCACGGCGCCGAAGUUGGGCUUGGCCAGCUGAUGCAGGAAGUGAACGAGACGGCCACGGAAGCCGCGCUGCAUGCACUGCGCAGCGCAUACACUGCUGCACGUGGCUGA